ACAGGGGGCGGUUACAGGUGUCAUGAGGUCAUCGUGGCUGGUUUUUAGAAAUUGGAAGGUUUUUAUGAUGGCAGAAUUAUAAAAAAUGGAAAUAAAUAUUAUUUAGGGAUAGGGAAGGAUCAGAAUGAGACAUGACGUUGGUAUGAACAGAGCAGGUGCAGCAUAGCAGCAGAUGCCCCACACAGCGUGACAGACGCUUAUUUCCUCUCUGUGUGCGCGUUUUUGUGCGUGUGCGCACUGAGCCGCCUCUCCAAAUCCGUAACUUUCUCGGUCCGGUCUUUCAGCACUCGGUGCCGGCGGAGAGCAGCGAAUCAUCUGGAGCUCGGUUCCGGGAUGGUUCCGCUUCAUUGAAGAUGACAUUAACCGUGACAGGACGCUGAUAAGAAAUCCUCCGACACAUUUCUGCGCGUGAACGCAGCGGAAAGUAUCUCCGCGCGCACCGCCACGCAGCAGCUGCACCGGGGCUAUUUUUAGAAACAAUGUUGCGGUAGAGGAAUCAAUCAAAGUGGGGCUAAAACAUUGUGUUCGAGACAAUCUGCUCCUCGUUUCUCCUCCUCCUGUCUGAGAUUUCUGCCCGGUCAUGGCUCAGGAUGUUGCAUUUGUGUCCAGCUGCACUCAGCUGAUCCCAGAUGACGCCGGCUCCUCUCACGCUCUUCAGGAAAGCAAACCGGUGGGCUGCAAACUUUUGUACCAUGGACUCCGUCGGCAUUGAUCCAGGCACCUCAAGUAGUUUCGUUGGAAUUUCUAAUAAACAUCCCAGUUGUCUAUAUGAAAGAGAUUUUUUGCUGCAUAAGAACUAAGAAGCCUACAGUGCAACAUAUAUUUUCUCUUCACUUUUAUCAAGUGCACAUUUUUGCGGGCUCUUAUGGGAAUUCGGCACUCGUCCCGCUGCAUGCUCCUCAGGAGAAAAAUGGCGGAGUCUGAGAGCAGUGAGCCAGUCUCACGUCCACAGCCAAUCCGUAUAAUACCAUCAGCACAGCCAACCUCUUUACCCAAGCCCGUGCCUUCGGUCCAACAUGCUCCUCGACCUCCCCUCCCUCCACACACGCCCCACGCUGCCAGCCUGCCCAGCUGCCCGGGACGGGGCAAGAUGGCCAGGUUUCUCAACCCAGAAGAGAUGACCUCACGGGACUACUAUUUUGACUCAUAUGCUCACUUUGGGAUUCAUGAGGAAAUGCUGAAGGAUGAGGUGAGGACGCUCACCUACAGAAACGCCAUGUAUCACAACAAGCAUGUCUUUAAGGACAAGAUUGUAUUGGAUGUUGGAAGUGGGACUGGAAUCCUCUCCAUGUUUGCAGCUAAAGCUGGAGCAAAGCAUGUGUAUGGGAUUGAAUGCUCCAGUAUAUCCGAGUACUCAGAGAAGAUCAUCAAAUCCAAUCAUCUUGACAACGUCAUCACCAUUUUCAAAGGAAAGGUGGAGGAGGUGGAACUUCCUGUGGAGAAGGUCGACAUCAUCAUAUCCGAGUGGAUGGGCUACUGCCUCUUCUACGAGUCCAUGCUCAACACGGUCAUCUUUGCCAGAGACAAGUGGCUGAAACCUGGUGGACUGAUGUUUCCCGACCGGGCCUCUCUGUAUGUGCUGGCCAUAGAGGACAGGCAGUACAAAGACUUCAAAAUACAUUGGUGGGAGAACGUGUAUGGUUUUGACAUGACAUGCAUUCGUAAUGUUGCCAUGAAGGAGCCCCUGGUGGAUGUGGUGGACCCAAAACAGGUGGUGACCAACUCCUGCCUGGUCAAGGAGGUGGACAUUUACACAGUGAAGCCUGAAGACCUCUCAUUCUCCUCGGCCUUUUGCUUACAAAUCCAGAGAAACGACUAUAUUCAUGCACUAGUUACGUACUUCCACAUUGAGUUCACAAAGUGUCACAAAAAGACUGGGUUCUCCACAGCUCCCGACGCUCCGUACACCCACUGGAAGCAGACUGUGUUUUACAUGGAAGACUAUUUAACGGUACGAAGAGGAGAAGAAAUCACUGGCACCGUCGCUAUGAAGCCCAACGAGAAAAAUAUUCGUGACUUGGACUUUACUUUUGAACUGGAUUUCAAAGGGCAGCUGUGUGAAGCAGCAAUAUCUCACGACUACAAGAUGCGUUGAAUUGGAAGGUGGCGCGCCGCCUGAGUUCGAGACCAGAGCAUCGAGGGGAGACGGAUCCACGGCGGGAUGUGAGAGGGUCAGACAGAGGUGGCCACAUCGAUUCUAUCAAUACUCUCAUUUCGUUAAAUACUGACAAGGGGAUGUCACUUCUGCAGACUGUUAAUAAAUCUGAAUGUACUAUCCAUAAAAACUGAUCAAAAGCCUUUCUAAUGGUGAUGAAUGUUGCCGUGUAUUGAUGUGUGUGUAAAAAGUUAAGCUGAGUAGUGUGGUCAUGUUUUAUUCAGCAACCGAUAACCACAAUAAUUGACUGGACUUUAAGUAUUUGCUCCAUAUUUCUUCUGUUUUUCCCAUUUUUGGGUCUCACAUUUAAAACUUUCAGAGCUUGAUUUUAUUUUUCUGCAUGAACAGCCUGUUAAAGGUCAAAGUUCAGACAUUUUCCUUCAGGAUAAUCAGGUAGAAGUGGCCCAGAUCCACUAACAGCAAAUCAGCCCCAUACCAAUACACUACCACCACCAUGCUUGGCUGCUGGAAGGAUGACUGAGAUGUGCAUCUUCUAAAAAUCUUACUUUAUGUCAUCAGACCACACAGGUCUUUGUGUCUUAGCCUUGCAACUCACACAUAUUACCCAUCUGCUGUCUCAUUCUUAUUGCGAUCAUGAACUCUGACCUUUAGAAGUAAACAAGUAAGGCCCACAGUGCUUUAGAAUGUGCUCUUGGUUAUUUUGUUACUGAAUUUCAUUUGAAGGGGAGUACGUAGCUUUUUGAGAUCCUUUAGCCCACUUCAUGUCGUCAAACUGGCUCUAUUAAAACCAUUUUGUCCACAGAUCUGGCAGUAAUCAGGCCCAGGUAGGAAACUGGACUCAACUUCCCAAAUAUUGAGUUUAUCACAGUUAAAAUGACUUUUUUUCCACACAUUGCCAGAUUGAUAACAAAUAAAUUCAUCUUUUGAAAAUUACAAUUUGUAUUUUCUCAAGUUGUUUUUUGUGUUUGAAUUAAAAAUUUCUUCACAAGUUUAAAAUAUUUAAAUGUGACAAAAAGUGAAAACAGAAAUCUGUAAGAAAAUAAAUAUUUCCCGCAGCGCUGCUGAUCUUAGUGAAUUAUGAAAUUAAAUGUUUUGUGUAUUUCUGAUGACCAAUUGUUUUUCGACAUUCUGUAUUGGGUGGACGACACAAUCUGAAUAAUACAAAUACACUCGGACAUAGAUAAUGUACUGUAAUGAAUGACCGAUUUAAAGUGUUUCAUUAGCAACAGUGAAAACUAACAGUAAGUAAACACCACAGCCAAGGACAAACAAAUGUAUAAUACAAAAAAUAAUGUUUCUGUUGUCUGUAUGCUUAUUUUUUGUGAGAAAUAUAAAGUGUGAAAACUGUCAGCUGGAGCUGUGAUGUUUUCUGGUCAGUUACAUCAUGUUACUUCAUCCUGAAGCCCAUGACCUAGUCUUCAUGUGUCUUCGUUAUUUUGGGUCUAAACUCAUUGAAGUUGUCGCUUUUGUACCAUAAAUACUUAUUAGACCUUUAUUCAAACAAUGUGGAGCUUUAUUUAUUUAUAAGAACAAUUUUUAAAUAAUUUGUAUCCUUGCAAUAAGU